CGUUGUAUACGGAAGAGGCCUCGUAGCCAUUUUGUAUUAUUGGUUUUCGCGUGUGAGCGCUGCCAGUACGUGUUUGGAGUUUUUAACACGUAGUUACGUCGCGUUAAUCGACAUAUUUGUGCUUUUCUUGACUCGUUGAAGACCUAAGAAGAAUGGGACGUAAGAAGAAGAAGCAGUCAAGGCCGUGGUGCUGGUAUUGCAACCGGGAAUUCGAUGAUGAGAAAAUUCUGAUUCAGCAUCAGAAGGCAAAGCAUUUUAAAUGUCAUAUUUGCCACAAGAAACUAUAUACAGGGCCAGGCCUUAGUAUACACUGUAUGCAGGUGCAUAAAGAGGCAAUAGAUAAGGUACCUAAUUCGUUGCCGAACCGUAGCAAUAUUGAGAUAGAAAUUUAUGGUAUGGAAGGUAUACCACCUAAUGAUGCGAAAGAGCACGAAAGACAAAGAAAUGGUGGUAGACCAGGUUCACCAAGUUCAGGAGAGGAUGAACCCGCACCUAAAAAGGCCAAACCAGAAGGUCUUUUAGGUUCUGCACCAGGAGCGAUGCCUACUGGUUCUAACAUGAUGCCUGGGGUUAUGUCUGGAAUGCAAGGACAUCCUGGAAUGCCACCAAUGGGCCAAUACCCACCACCUAUGCACCCUAUGAUGGGUCACAUGGGUCAUGUGGGACCGCCCUUUAUGGGACAUGGAAAUCUUCACCCUCGCAGUAUGAUGCAAGGAAUGCCAGGUAUGCCCCCGGGAAUGCAACCACCGGUAUCUGGGGCUUCGAUGCCUCCGGCACGGCCCUUAUUCCCGAGUGCUGCCGCUGUUUCUACAGCAGCAACCUCGACCUCCGCCUCGACGCCACUUGGUGCGGAUUUCAAGCCAAUUACAUCGAUAGCAGGAGGAUCGAUCGGUCCAAUAAAACCCACAUUCCCCGCGUAUAGUGGUUCCGAAAACAGCGCCGUGACUAGCACUAACAGUAGCGAGCAGAAAGUAAACCUCAUCGCGACCACGGGUGCUGCAAGUAAAAUAAUUCAUCCUUCGGAAGACCUCAGUCUGGAGGAGAUUCGGGCAAGAUUACCGAAGUAUCAACGACGACAAAGUGAAGAAUCUCGACCGUCGCAACCAGACGCGACACAGCAGGCAGCAGCUUUGCAACAACAGCACCAGCAACAACAGGCGGCAGCUGCCACGGCGGCUGCCGCUUUUCAGGAUCAACACCAGAGGCAGCAAGCCGCCUUGAGUGCUCUCCAGCAACAGCAACAGAGGUUUCAAAGACCUCCGCAGGCGGUCAUGGUACCAGCUUCGGCUGCCAUGCCGGUCAGUUCAGUAGCGCUGAUGGCGCCACUGAUGCGACCCACCAUGACCCUGGCUGCACCUGCACUCAUUCACGGAGGUAACAUGAUGCGACCGCCCCCCAUGGGCCUGCCACCAGGCAGGGAUCCAGCAUAUUGAAUCUUCCCCGAUGAUCCUGCUCGCUCGCGUCAAACGUACAAAUAUUAAAGGAAAUAAAGACAUUAAGAACAAUUUCUCUCUCUCGGGCUACGUACAAUUGAUUUUUCAGUUUUCGUAUUACUUCAUUGACAUCAGUCUCUUAAAUACUUCUUCUCCUAUCCCUUACGUCAGUGUCGUUUUUCGCUUCGAUCUACCAAGCAUGACUGCCUUCGGCCGCUCGGCCGUUCAUCAUCGUAACUUUUGUUAUUUAGCCUCUACUCGCUGUUUCUCUAUUUACCAAAUAAUAUUCUACGAUCACUUAUCAUUCCACGCCAAUCAUUGAUACCAUCCUAUCUAUUAUACAUACAUACAUACAUACAUAUAUAUCUAUAGCUUGAAUCCUGGUGUUGUGAUACAGUAGUGAAAAUGCUUUUUGGGCACGGUCUUGUCCGUCGUUUGAACUUUCCAUUCAGAGAAUUGAUGCAUUUUUCAUGAAAACGAUCGCCCUUUUUUUUUCCUUUUAAUUUGAAAUUAAAGCCACAUAUAUACGUAUACAGUGACAUCCAGUUGAGAGGCAUCAAUGAAAUUCUUGUGCCUUUCAGCUGAAUCGCUCUUUACUAUAUUAUUAUAUAACACGUGACUGCAUAAACGCCGCGUUAUUGACUUUCUCAUGCUUUCUUUUUUUCUUUUUUCUUUUUCCUCUCUCCUUCCCCAAGAUGUAUCCCGAGUAUAAUUUGGUUUCUCUCUGCCGUAAUUAUCCCUGCCUCGUGUUUGAAGUAUCUCAACACAAAGCUUGUAUAAGAGUCCUUCCGAAAUGCGUUAUUAUCCACGUGCUGUAUCUUACGCAAUGCGCAAUACCUUACGGACCCUCAGAUUGUCCUCUUCGUGUGACUGUGGGACUGGGUGACGCAGUGUCAGUAGACUCUCUCCUCAUGCAGUCUCAGUCGCUCCACUUGACAGUUUCGUGCUUUCGUGUUACGAAUUACGCGACGACGAAAGAAAGAAAGAAAGAAAGAAAGCAAAUAUUUGACAUUCUGGCUGUACGGUGCGUUCAUGAAAAAUGCUAACUCGAUGUAUGGAGAAAAGUGAAGGGUUGAUGUAGCGAAGGGAGAGGGGGGGGGGUGUUCAUAUGCUGGAAUGCUUGUGCGAAGAGAGAAAGAGAGGAAUAAAGGGGGAGAACGAGUGCGUGGGAGGGAGGAGGCUGCUUGAGAGACGAGAGGAUCUGCUUGGAUAAAUGGGAGAAAAUGUGGUAAGGGCGAGAGAGAGGGAGAGAAUGUGGGUGAGGACUAGUGGAAAGGGGGGGAAGGAGAGGGGAGGGUGUACAGAAGGAAGAAGAAGAAGAAUAUAAAAGUUUGUUUCUUGGAAUUUUGCUUUUAGUUCGAACGUUAUGUUUCGUGAAAGACUCGCAACACCGAACGUAACGUCU